CCCACCACGCGCAAAUGCCCAUGAUGCUCAAUCGUCUCCGGCCCGCGUUCUUCUGAGCAACCGCUCUGGCUCCUCUUCUUUCCCUCAUCGCUCCGCCAUGCUCAACUCUCUCCCGAUCCUCGACCUCUCACAACUCGAUGCUGGGCCGGAGGCUGCGGCGUUCUUCCGCGAUGCGCUCCGACGCGCGACACACGAGGUCGGCUUCUUCUAUCUGACGGGCACGGGCAUCCCUCGCGAGCUAGAGAAGCGUAUGCUAUCAACUUCGCGCGCGUUUUUUGCUCUCCCUGAAGCCGACAAGCUCACGAUCGAGAACGCCCACUCACCCCACUUUCGAGGAUACACCCGUCUUGGGGGCGAGCGCACACUUGGCGCUGUCGACUGGCGCGAGCAGAUCGACAUCUGCCCAGAGGGCGUGGCCCUUUCCUCGUCGGAGCUAGAGGGCAAGCCAGCCUAUGCUCGGCUUGUGGGCCCGAACCAGUGGCCCGCGGCCCUCCCCGCCCUCCGGCCGGUCGUGGAGGAGUGGACGACUCUGCUCACUGAAGUCGCGCAGAAGCUCCUCCGGACAUGGGCGGAGGCGCUAGGCGAGGCGCCAGACUUCUUCGACCAGACCUUCGGCGAGCCCUUCACCCUCCUCAAGGUCAUCCGCUACCCCGAGAGCCAGUCCACGGAGCAAGGAGUCGGUAGCCACAAGGACGCUGGUGUGCUCACCCUCCUGUGGAUUGAGGAGGGCAAGACGGGCCUCCAGGUGGAGCACGACGGCGGGUGGAUCGACGCGCCGCCCGUGCCCGGGGCGCUGGUCGUCAACAUAGGCGAGAUGUUGGAGUAUGCUACACAAGGUUACCUGAAGGCGACGACGCACCGCGUCCUUGCGCCCAAGAAUAGCGAUCGCGUUAGCAUCCCCUUCUUCUUCAACCCGGCGCUCGACGCUCGUCUCCCGCUCGUGCGCAUGCCGCCUGGCCUCGUGGCGCCUGGCGUGUCCCAGGACCCCAGAAACCCAAUCCACGCCUUGUAUGGCGAGAACUGCCUGAAGAGCCGGUUGCGCGCGCACCCGAAUGUCGCCGAGGCGCACUACGCCGACAUUGUUGUUGCAUGAUCUCCUAUUCCCGCGUUGGGAUUUUGGGUCUCUGCUUGCAUGCAAUGGGAUGGGAGGUGCGAUGGGAGAUUUUGGAUUCGAGUACCUGUUGUCGUCAGCCGAAGCUUACCGAGGUGGAGAUGUCAUCAUCAGUCAGCGAUGU